UAUGGGGUCUAAGAGGCCUAUAGAGCUCGGUCACAGAAGCCUAUGGGGGUCUCUAAGGCCUAUGGGGGUCUCAGAGGCCUAUAGGGGUCUCUGAGGCCUACAGGGUGUGAGGCCUGUGGGGGUCUCUGAUUCCUGACCGCCCCCCAUGUCCCAGCUGCGACGAUGAAGCGGCAGAAACGAGCCCCCCCCAUGUCGGCAGAGGACGAGCUGCUGCUGCUGCAGGCACAGGCAUUGGCUGAGGAGGAGGAGGCCAAGAAGAAGAGGGAGCUGCUCAGCCUGUUCCUUAAGGACAAGCUGGCCCAGGAGCAGCGCAGCACAACCCUGAACCUCCAUAAGCUGCACAGCCAAUGGAGGACGGUGCUGAGGGACACCAGGGCGCAGGAGCUGCAGCAGGACGUGGCCGUGCUCAGCCAGACCUUCGAGAGGGUGAUGGACAGCAAGGACGGCGUCAUCCAGUCCUUGGUGAUGGACCUGGAGGAGGCCGAGUUGCAGCACUCGAGGGCUCUGAGCAGCCACGUGCUGAACGUGGAGUGGCUGCUGCAGCUGCAGCGCUGCCGCCUGCGCUGCAUGGAGGAGGGGUACAGGGCGCAGCUGGACGAGCUGCAGGACGAGUUCGAGACCGAGAGGAGGAGCAUCUUGGAGCAGCACCAGCGUGAGAUGCGUUACCUGCACGACGUGGCCGUGUCCAUAGAGCAGCAUCACGCCAACGAGGAGAACGAAGCAACGCUGGGAUUCCAGAGCACCAGGGAUGAGAUCAAGAAUAAGAGCCUGCAGGAGAAGCAAUACACGCGGCUGCAGCUGAGCACGAAGCUGGAGGGGCUGUGGGAGCAGUUCCGCUGCGCCAUGCAGAGCUACAGCGAGGCCACGGAGCGCAACAAGCACGACUUCAAGGCACUGAAAAUAAAGGACGAGAAGAGCUCCAGGGAGGUCGAGAUGCAGGACAAGAAGCUGCAGAAGCUGCAGGAUGCAGUGCAGGCUGCCAAAGCCCGGCUGGCAGCUCAGCACCGCGAUGCUGAGGAGCAGAACCAGAACAUGAGGGAGCAGAGGGAGGCGGCCAUGGGGCAGCUGCAGCAAUUGAAGGCGGAGAUGAGCCGGGCACAGGGCAAAGCACGGCACAGCCUGGCUGAGCUCACAGAGCAGAGCGGGGCAGCACUGAGAGCACUGGGGAGUGUAGUGGGGAAGGCCGAGCGCAUCCUGCGUCUGGCCGAGCUGUGCCGUAAGAUGGAGAGUGAGGAGGAGAAGGUGCUGCCGUUCCAGCCGCCAUCGCUGGGACCCACCGAGCUGAGCGAGGCACAACGUGUCCUCAACGAGACCCCCACGGAGCCCCUGGUGCAGACCAUGCAGGACUAUGUGGGGCUGGAGCGGUUCUGGCAGCGCUACAACAAGGUGAAGCUGGAGGAGCUGGUUGUGGGGCAGCACAGGGCGGCUCUGACCCACAGCAACCGGCAGCUGCGGGGGGUGCUACGGAGAUACCUGGAUGGGAUAACGGUGCCCAGACCCUACACCGUGAUGGAUGGUAACAGGGCUGCCCCACAGCAACACGGCCCCAUAGAACAGCAGCCAGAUGUGGGGCACGGUGUGGGGCCAUAAAGGACAUGAGAUGUGCA